CUCCGGCUGUGCUAAUGCUAACAACUUUAGCUUCAAAGACAAGUCGUUUGAGCUGUAACUUCACCGAAUUUGUGUAAAAAUGGCUCGAUAUAAAUGUGCCUACAACUGCGAAAACUCGGGCGAUGCAGACAUCAAGUAUUUUAAGUUUCCCUUGUACAACGCUCGGAAGCUGAAGAAAUGGCUUGUCAACAUGAAGUGGGAGGACUGGACUCCGACUCGCUUCUCAGUGCUGUGCAUCAACCACUUCGAGGAUCAAUACAUCAACAGAGCGGGGAAGUCUGUGACCCUUCGAGAUGACGCCGUUCCCACCUUAUUUUCAGAAAAUACACAAAAGGAGAAGCCGUCCAUCACUUCCAGACGUAAGAGAAACAAGCCGGCCGCUGAUAAAGCCACAAAGAAAGACUCGGCUCAGUCGAACAGCAACACCACAGCAAAGCAGAGCAGCAGGAGCAAAGAGCAGAGCCCCGCCCCGCAGAACGCUCCCAGAGACGCCAGAAAGCCGGAGAGAUGGAGAGUCGUCAUGGACGAAAAACUGAUGAAGAUCAAAUCAUUUCCUCAUUUCUUUCAUGGGGACUACUGUGUUCCUCAGAGUAUUCACUGGGCUCCUGAUGAUGGUUUGGUUACGGAGCAAAAAGAUUGUGACAACCUGAUAGAAGUGAAGGAGCCGUGGCAGUGGCUCGGCCUGGACGUCCGGGGGCCGUUCGCUCAGACGCACAAUGGCCACAGAUACAUCCUGACGGUCGCGGACCUCUACUCCAAGUGGGUGGAGGCCGUUCCCAUGAACACCUGCCUCCCGCAUGAAGUGGCCAAGAGCGUGGAGGACGUCAUCGCACACUUCGGGUACCCGGUCCGAAUCCUGUCCAGGCUGCCUCACGACGUCGUCCAGAAAAUCAACCUGGAGCUGAAAGAGAAGCUGAAGGUUUCCAUUCCUCUGCUGGUCCACCACCAGCAGACCGGCACGGCGGACAUGAACACGCUGCAGAUGAUCGACAGGAUGGUGAGCGACCUGAUGGAGCAGCACGCUGCAGACUGGGACGUCUACCUGCCCGCUCAGGUGUUCGGCCUGUGCUUCAGAGAGCAUCCGCACACCAAAGAGAGGCCGUUCUCCGCGCUCUGCUGCAAAGGACCGGAGCCGGUCCGCUCCGCCAGGGGACUCGACCUGACGUACUCCCAGAUCAGAGAGAGCGUCUUUGUGAUCAGAUAGAAGCUCACUGGGUUGGAUUGGGUUUCAUCAAAGGAAGAGGAAUAUUUCAGAUCAGCACAGUGGAAACGACGACGGGAGGAUUUCAUCAUGAAAUCUUCAUCCUCCCAAAAAAUCCUGACGUUUUUCCACGGAUGCACAUAAAAAGUGUACUCCUCCUCGUUUGUGUUUUUUACCCUGAGAAGGCUGUUUUAAGUCUUUGAAUGUGUUCAUUUGGUUUCAAGUUUUGCACACGACAGAAAAGCAGCAGAGUAAAUUUAGAGAUGCUGCUUUACCUGAACGCUUUUGCUGUGUUUAUGAAGUUGUAAAUCAUGUAAAUAAAUCUUUUCGUAUUGAAAA